GACAAUGCUACCUCACUACCUCUGCUCGCAUGUCCAGAACGCGUUCCGUGCACGACACGCACGCAUAGCGGUCGCACACAAUACCCAAAACCUAGGCAUCCUCAACAUCCUCCUCCGCGCCGGCUUCCUAACCUCCCUCACCCGCGGCACGUCGGACACCCCCGACCCGAACCUCUUCCACACCGUGAACGACGCUCAAAAACGCAUAUGGGCGGACCUCAAGUACCGCGACGAUAGGCCGGUUCUCAGCGAUAUGGAGCUCGUCUCGAAACCGAGCAAACGCAUCUUCAUGGACGUCAGCGACUUGCGGAGGAUAUGCACGGGGCGGCGGGCGCAGUUCGUAGACCCGUUGGUGAUGGGAGAGGUUGCGGUUGUAAGAACCACCGACAGGGAGCAUGAAUGGCUGGAGGCGAGGGAGGCAUUGAUGAUGAAGCUGCCGGGGGAGAUCAUCUGCCGAGCGCGGUGAAGCGCUCUAAUCCUGGUCAUCCGCAGUUUUGCGCGACCUUGUUAGCCUAUAAUUAUGCUCUCAUCGUGCCUCAUGAAGCUUCCGUCGGCAGCACUCAAUGGUAGUUCCUUUCAGGAAGAUGUGAAGACACUAUGAAUGAAACGUCAUCGAUGGCUAUUAUUACAACUGGACUCGGGUAGAGGAUGCUCUCCUAGAUGCUGGUCAACGGACACUACGGACCGAGACUACGUAUGGGGACGACGAGUAUGGGUAUAUUCAUCCUUGCCUUGCGUAGUCCUUAUCCGCCCAGAUUGACACAUCUCUCGUCCUUCUCAUGGUAGAGGUCCAUUCGCAAAGACGAUAGCGGAAUCCGUCUCAUGC